AUGCUCCAGCGCUUCGUUACUCGCGCACGUCCCGCCUCAUGCGUUUCUUGUCGUCACCAACCGGGUCGUGUCACCGUUGCUCAGCUCCCGGCCGCUCGUUUCUCGUCCGAGGACGACUGGCGCAUCUCGGAGGAGGACUUUGACGAAGGCCCCGACAAGAUCAUUGAUAAAGUCCGUCGGGACUCGAUGCCUCGUCGCCAGAUCAUGCCCGAAGCGGCGAAAAAGAGCCGGUUCAUGGUCGUGGCCCCGGAGAAUCGUGGCAAAGUCCGUCGCCGUCUCCUGGACGAAUUCAAGAAGGACGGCAUCACGCUCGCAGAUGUCGACCAGCCUGGGCAGUACCUUACGCCCGACGCUGGGCUGUUACGUGACAUUCGGGUCAUGAACAAGGAAGCCGAUGAAAUGGAGUUUGCCGAAGAGGAGGAAGAAGGAGAGCUCAAUCUCGGGCAAAUGGGGCUCUUGCGCCAGAUUGUGCACGUCGACCAGGUCCAAAAAGUGACCAAACAGGAGCGGAUUGUGAAUUUUCGAGCACUCGUGGUUGUGGGCAACAUGCGCGGAGUUGCUGGGUACGCGGUGGGGAAAGGCUCGUCGCCGCCACUAGCGAUCCAGCGAGGCACAAAGCUCGCGCUGAAGCGGUUCACUUAUAUCGACCGCUUUGACGACCGGACGUUGUACCAUGAAGUGCGCGGCAAGUGGAACAGCUGCACGCUGUUCUUGCGUCCGGCACCUAAGGACAAGGGCCUGACUGUGAGCGACACGGUGGCUUGUGUGCUCGACUGUUUUGGCAUCACGGACGUGGUGUCUAAGACGCACGGCCAGCGCAACCCGUUUACGGUUGUGAAAGCCACGUUUGAUGCACUCGCCAAGCACGAGACGGCAGAGGAGAUGGCUCUUCGGACAGGACACUCGCUUGUCGAGUUGAGCACGCUCGCGCGGACGCGCAAUUUGUAA